UGCUCCCACCGCAAACCAUUUCAAAACCUUCCUUAUUUCCUUGCGCCGGCCGGUUACAUCAUCACUCUUGACGCACAAACCGUCCGAUCCGCCGUUCCAAACGCAAACAAACAGCGCCAUGUCGUCCAACUCGUCGGCGUCGUCGUCUGAGUGGACGAAGCCGCAGCACAAGCUGUUCGAGCGCGCCCUGGCGGUGUACGACGCGGACACCCCGGACCGGUGGCACAACGUGGCGCGCUACAUGGGCGGCGGCACGUCCGUCGAGGAGGUGCGCCGCCACUACCAGCAGCUCGUCGUCGACGUCGCGCGGAUCGAGUCCGACGGAGUGCCCUUCCACUGGUACGCCACCGCCCCGCCGCCGUCGACGCUGCAUCGAGGUUGAAAUAUCUGAAUGAAGCUUCAAUGAAGGGAAGGGUUAAACAGUGGCUAGCUGUGCUCUUUGAAGAAGAUCUAUAAAUCAUGCAUGUAAAUGUGCAUGUGUGUAUGCUGAUUGCAAAAUGUUAUACCAAGAAUCCAAGUUAAAUACUGCAGCCUGCUGGUCUUUGAUCUUGUAUACCAAGUAGUUAGCUUUUCGAGAUCUAUGGAGCGAUAUGAAUGCUUCAUGUAUAAGUUCUGGUCAUGUACUGCUAUCGAAAUACUGUGAAUCAACUAAGGAAUUAUUCCCAUGAAUCUCUCAGCAUUUGCAAAC